AUGGAUCCCACUGCGGUAUCGACCAUUGCCCAAGGAACGCUCGUUACAUCUGCCAUUAGCGCGUUCGUGACCGGGCUGAAUGGCAUAUGGCGGCGAUACCCAAACUACGGCAUAUUGGCCGGAGCAGCUGCGAUGAAUAGCGGCCUUACUGCCUUCACUUUCUUUGGCAUUCGGGAGUUCGCUAUAAGCCCGCUGUUGGUUUCAAGUCUAUCUACAAAAGAAUACCAACGGCGGAGGCGAGCCUUGGAGCCACUGUCCAGCGACAUAUCAGAACAGUCACCCGUGUCAUGGGGUGAUCUACGGCGGCAAAAGCUCCUCGAUUCAGCGGUCAGCGGUGCACUCACUGCCGGGAGCCUUCGAGCCCUCAAAACUGGUCCGAAAGGCAUUCUAUCCGGGGCCGUCGCUGGCGCAGCCGUAUGUGCCAUACUACAAUAUAGCUACAACGAAAUUGGGGUACAGAGACUAAAGUACAUAACACGGCCUCAAUCGUCACAAAGCAAGCCAACAACACCUGCAGACGACAACACCCCUGUAUUCGAACGCGUUCUGUCGAGCCUCGGUAUCGACAGGGUUCCCGAUGAUAAGUAUCUGAUAAUGCUGAAGGACAGGCGAGAAAAGCAUUUGCGCCGAAUACAAGAACUCGAGGCACAAAUAGCACAGGAGGAAAGUUUGGGUACAGAUGAAGAACAAUUAAAAUAG